ACCAGCCCUCACUCUAUCCUACACUCAUGCGCUCUUGAGUUUCCAUGGUAACAACAACAAACGCUUUUCCUGGGUGUCAGUAGUGCUAGCAUCCAGGAGUUAUAUAUGUAACGUAGCAAAAACUACAGCUAACUGCAAGCUAAGUUUUCAUAACUGCAGUGUGUAUUUUACUUGAUAAACUGACCUCCGUAAAUUGUGUGGCCUUGCCUUUUUAUCGGCUAACUCUGCAGUUAGCUAGACUAGCAGGUGACCAAACUGUACUAGCUAAGGGUUCUGAAGGUAACAAAACCAAAGGAUGUCUGAAGUGGACGAAGAUGUAGUUAUGUUGGAUGUACAAGAUGAAACACAAGAAGAAGGUGGAGAGGAAGACAAGAUUCAAGUUUGUCAUUUGACCCAAGAAACCUUAAUUCAGGGUCUGUCAUUACUUUGCAAAACAGGAAAUGGAUUAGCACAUGCUUUUGUAAAACUGGACCUAAAAGACAAAGGACUUACUGACAUUUCUGAAAUCAGCAACUACGUUCACCUACGCUUCCUAGAUUUGUCCAACAACCGCCUGGCUGAUCUGGCUCCACUGGCAUCUCUGACCCAACUGCUUUGGUUGAAGGCAAUUUUCUUAGUUUCUGAUGUCUAAAAGAGAAAUACCUGGUGUUGCCCCAGUUUUUCAAUCUAACCAUAAAUGCUCAAUGCAACUCUUGGGCAGCCUUUUGCUCAGCUGACCUUCCUGCAGUGGCUGAGUAUGGCAGGGAACUUGCUGACUGAUCUGGAUGGCCUGGUUGGGUCUGCCCUAGAGAGUCUCAAUGUCACAGGUAACAGUAUUCAGAAACUCAAUGGUCUUCAGAGAAGCUGUUUUACCAACCUAGUUAGUCUGGAGCUGAGAGGAAACCAACUGGAAACCACUGAAGACAUCAACCUCCCAAACCUGCAGCGUUUGUAUUUGGCCCAAAAUGUUAUUAAACGUCUGGAGGGCUUGGAAAGGUUAGAGUGCCUUACAGUCCUGCACCUUAGGGACAACCAGCUUGAAACUCUAGAUGGCCUCAGCCCCAAUAUGAAGUGUCUCCAGUACCUCAAUGUCAGAGGCAAUGCGAUCAUAGAUGAGAAUGCCGUGCAAAGCCUUGGGUUUGUGGCAAAAACUCUGCGGACUUUGGUGCUCUCUGAGAAUCCACUAGUGGAAGCAUCAGACUACCAUAUUAGUGUAUUAAUGCUCCUGCCACAUUUGGAGCGACUUGAUAAAGACACCAUCACCUCUGAAGAGAGGAUUGAAGCUCGGGAGAAACUAAAGGAACUUAAAGAAGAGGAAAUACCUGAGUCAUAGAUAUCUGUUAAGGACUGUCAAAUGAGGAAAUGUCUAACUUUCUUGAAAACAUAGUCUUUGUUAUAACCAUAGACUGAUUUUGCUAGAUAGUGGACUGUGACUGUAAUGUGAGGAACCUGUAUUUGAUAUAAGUCUUGUAUGAAUCACUCUAUUAAAAAUAAAUGACUGCAUAAAAAGAAAUGUAUGUAUUGCUUGUGUUCAGUUCUUAUACUGUCUAAUACAGCUGAUCUGUUUUGCA